UGGAUCAAGGGCGAGAAGGAGUGGUCAAGCACAAAAAAUGUAGUCUUUGCAAACAACCGGGACAUACUCGACCUCGUUGUCCAUCUAGACACAAUAGAUAGCAACUAAUUGGUUUGUACACCAUGGAUCCUGGGCCGGUUAGUGAUGAGGUCUUAUAUGACCAGGCUCAGCAUCGUUCACAUAUUAUAUCCUGUACAGAGAGAGGUCCGAGUAUCGUUAUGGUUGAUCAUAGCCUCAGCCAUAGCCGUUGGCGGUUAGAGGAUGAGCGUAUCAUAGCAGCUGUGGGACGGGCCGGCUUCUUGACUUGUUCAAAGCUUCGUUGGAUAAAGCUCGAUUGGCCCCUACUGAUUGCGUUGAUGGAUAGAUGGAGACCUGAGACCAAUACUUUCCACUUCCGAAUGGGUGAGGCUACCAUUACUCUACAAGAUGUAUCCGUGAUACUCGGUCUCCGUAUAGAUGGUCCGUGCAUUACCGGCACUGAUAGUGAUGUAUGGCCUCGAAGAUGUGAGGAGUUGUUAGGUGUAGCUCCAGAGCCUAUGCCUCGAGGAAAUAUUAAGUUGAAGUGGUUGAGAGAGAUCUUCUCAGUACCGUUGCCUGUUGAUGCCCCACAAAUUUUGGUUGACCAACAUGCACGUGCAUACAUUAUGCACAUGAUUGGUACUAUAUUAUUUCCAGAUUCAAGUAAAGAUAAAGUGCAUGCGAGGUGGUUACCACUCCUCGAGGACUUGGACGUAUGUGGUACAAAAUCGUGGGGUAGUGCUGUUUUGGCGUAUUUAUAUAGAGAGAUGUCAAAAGUGGCACUUAUGCAAAACAGUGAGCUUAAAGGGUGUCUAAGCUUAUUGCAAGUAUGGGCAUGGGAGAGACUUCAUUUGAAGCCGAGACUAUGCACGCAUUUACAAUUAGAUGGACAAAUUCCACUGGGAUGCAGAUGGAAUGUCGAAAAAUGCUAUGACGAGACCCCGGCUAGACAAUUGGAUUUCUACCGGAAUGAGCUUGACCGUAUGAAGAUUUUUCAGAUGGAAUGGGAGCCCUACACCCAAUUUCUACCUCAGCUACCCCCAAUAUGCACAGAAUACCAAGUUGUAUGGAGAGCUAGAGUUCCUCUUAUAUGUUUGGAGAUAGUAGAAAUGCAUGUACCGGACCGCGUGCUUCGACAAUUUGGUCGUGCACAACAUGUUCCGCAGUUUGUUGAAAAGAUAGAGAGGAAGGCAAAAAAAGGAGGCCAGCAAAUAAACUGGAUGAUCGUGCAUCAAGCUUUUAUACACAGAUGGAAUGAUAGGCAUUUUUGUAUUGUCAACCAAAUUGAACCAACUCCUCGGGAAUCAGAUUACUACACUUGGUAUUGGGGCAUAACCCGAAGAUGGAUACUUCAUUCGACCACAAUACCGGUUGAGUCGCAAAGAGGAUAUGUGCCCCGGGGUAUAGAUGAGAGAGAAUUAGUAUCAGCAAUAGAUGAAGUUCAAACUCUUGCAAAUCGUGGCUUGGAAUUGGCUCGAGCAGAUAGAAAUCCCGAAGCACAUGAACAUGUAUCAAUAUAUCAGGCUAUAAUGCAGAGGCUUCAACAAGCCUUACACCGAACUCACGAAGAUCGUCAUGAUGGACGGGAGGUAACGCCAUUCGUAUAUACACGACAACAGCGACAAAGUCGAGGACGACGCAGAAAUGACGAUGAAGCUGGACCUUCCCAACGUGUCGACGAUGGAGCUGGACCGUCACAACCACAAACGCAACCGGAUCACGAACUCGUCGAAGGGCGGUAUGGAGGACGACGAAGCCAAAGAAGGAGGAGGAGAGUUCUUGGAUGUAUGUAA